AACCUAACAAAAUUGUACAGUGUUAAAUACGAAAAUGUCUAGUUCCGUUCGGUAUCGCGAGAACAUCCUCGAAGAGAUGCGGAUUUUCAUGAGUUUGGAGUUGUCCUGAAUAAUUAAACGUCCUUUUUCCUGUGCACGAAACAACUUGCAUAUCAGCGUCAGACAUGUUUGGGUGUCCUAGAGAGGCCGUGCGCGUCAAAGUGAAGAAAUGCGAGACCAGGCAUCAGCCCGAGUAUCGCAAAUUCAGUGUGGACCCGCAGAUAACAUCCAUCGAAGUGCUUCAAAGUAUACUCAUUAAAGCGUUCGACAUCAAAGGAGAAUUCACAGUUUCUUAUCGAGCAAUAGACGACUAUGGAUCAGAAACAUACUUAUUUCUGUUGUCCGACUGGGACCUGGAUGCAGCGUUCAUCAGCGCUUCUGAACCAUAUCUAUACCUUCAAGUCAACCUUAAGCCGUUCGGAGAAACAGGUGACUGCGAGUGUUACUGGGAGCAGAAUGCACAGGAAGUGUCGACGCGGCAAGAAACCGGGUUUCCAUACAAGACACCUAAGUUACCGGGUCUCAUAAUGAAUAAAAUGGAGAGAACGUUGAAUAUGGUUCAACGUGCUCUAGGUAACUUGGGUGAGGAAUCAUCGCACCAACAAGGCACUCAACCACCACGACCACCUUUGACAGAUGCGGAGUUCCGACGGUUUUUGGAUCCCAUUGGACAAGUGAUACAUCCUAAAGAAUUAAGAGCUGUCAUUUACUUUGGUGGAAUUGAGCCUAGUUUGCGCAAAGUAGUUUGGAAACACAUCUUGAACGUAUAUCCCGAAGGUUUGUCUGGUCGUGAGAGAAUGGAUUAUAUGAAGAAAAAGUCGCAAGAAUAUCAAAAUCUUCGAGAAAGGUGGAAAACCCUCGUGCAAAAGGGGCAAAAUGUCGGAGACUUAGCGUAUGUUACAAGUAUGGUACGGAAAGACGUUUUGAGAACAGAUAGACAUCAUAAGUUUUAUGGUGGUUCCGACGAUAAUCAGAAUACGGCCAGUCUUUUUAAUAUUUUAACUACGUACGCUUUAAAUCAUCCAAGUGUCAGUUAUUGUCAAGGUAUGAGUGAUCUGGCUUCGCCACUUUUGGUUACCAUGAGAGACGAAGCACAAGCGUAUAUAUGUUUAUGCGCCCUUAUGAGAAGGUUAAAAGAUAACUUUAUGCUGGAUGGAAUUGCGAUGACCACUAAAUUUGCCCAUUUAGCUGAAGGUUUGCUGCAUUACGAUCCUGAAUUCUAUGCUUAUCUAAAAUCUCAUCAAGCGGACGAUCUAUUGUUUUGCUAUCGAUGGCUUUUAUUGGAAAUGAAACGAGAGUUUGCUUUGGAUGACGCUUUAAGAAUGCUCGAAGUUCUGUGGGCCGCUUUGCCAGCAUCACCACCGAACGGAGAACUUAGUUUAGCAGAAGUACCUUUUCCUCCACCUUCACCACCGCCAAGUCCAAACGUAAAACACAUUCGUGAGAACGCAUACACGAAAGUCUGUGCUAUUAGACGACAAAGUUCUUCCGCAAGUAUCGCCGCUGCUGGAAAGAGAAAAACUCUAAACCACGAGGAUCCAUCUUUGCAAAACUCUACAGAAACUAACGGAGACUCAAAAAGAUCGAGCUCUCCUUACGAGACGUUUUCUGAGCCAGAAAAUGAUUUGACUACAGUGAAGAAUCGAAGGAACACCGAAUCGACGGAAAAGUGCCUAAGUACAGAUUCCUUGUCUGGUAAAUCUAAACGCGUAAACCUGCUGGAAUUGAAAGAAAGACUGGCAUUACCUAAUAAAGAUCAAUAUAAAAAUAACGAGCAGAAUGAUGGCGAAAAGAAAUGCGCUCGAGUAGUAAAGAAUUUAAAUGAAUUUUUGAAUUUUACCAGUCUAAAUCGUAGUAAAGUAACACCAAGCGAUGCCGAACCAGAAUUAAGGCGCGUUUCAAGUGAGAGCGGAGUUAUCAGAGUUUUAAGAGACGAACCGAAUUCUCCCGACGAUGCAACAGAUUUCUUUCCAAUGACUACUUCAAUGACUAGAGAAUUAAGACUGGAACUAGAAUCACUCGAUCGGCAAGUCUUCGGACCAUCGCCACCAAGCGAUCAGCAAUGUGAUUGUGUUCUUUCUAAGAGGGAAAGCGAUUUAGUUGAUAGUGAAACUGACACAGAAUUAGCAAGGUGUAGUCCAGCUGCGGAUGUAUUCGUAUGGGAGAAUCCCCUGCAUACGUUGCAACAAAAGACUCAUCCAGCUACUCCCGAUGAACAAGCGGAACUCGAAUAUGAUGGCGAAAUAUUGGAGGAUCAGAAUGGUGUUAAAUCAGUUACCCCAAUUAGAUUGCUUAAACGUACUACCAGGUCCGAAUCCGCUUCAGAUAGUGAGGAGACAGAAAGUUGGCAUCAAAAUGCAACAGUACCAGAAAGUCCAACAAAACAACCUGUACAAGAACAUUGUGAGGAAGCUACAGAGCUUACGAAUCUCAUUCCAGCGGGAACUUGUGAGGAUCAAUUAGGAGAAAGUUCUUUGCCUCCACCUCACGAAUUCGGCGGUGGUAAUCCAUUUCUUAUGUUCCUGUGCAUUACCCUACUACUUCAACAUAGAGACUUCGUUAUGCGUAAUCAAAUGGAUUACAACGAAAUGGCUAUGCACUUUGAUAAAAUGGUCCGCCGACACAAUGUUAUUCGAGUGCUGAAUCAAGCAAGGCAGCUAUUCGCUGGUUAUCUUAGAAGGCAUUCUUCAUCGUCAUUAGCCGCGAAGUCAGACUCCAUAAACGUGUAACCUCAUAAUGCUUGAAUAUUGUACUUAUCAAUACCAUAUAGUAUGGAAUACAAAAUGGACGAUUUUAAAAUAUAUUGUACUGUUCAAGACAAAU